UUUCUGAGCUUGCUGAACUCUGUCUCGUUGUGGGGCGUUCCACAAUGGGCGCUCGUUUCGAGCAGCAGGCGUCCUCAGGCAGGCUCUUAUUCCAGCACGACGAAAGAGCCAAUAACAAGAUCCCUUUGAUGGCGUCACUGGGCGUGGCCCUAUCCAUGCGAGCACUUGACGCAAAGCCCGGUGACAUAGUAAACGCCGUGGAAGGGUUCCGAGCGGCGCGCAUCCCCGAUGCAAGCGCCAUGGCCCGACUUGCCCACGUUGCGAUGUUGACGUCCUCCUUCUUUUCUCGCAAGCAGAUGCUCGACCUGCUCUCCGCGCUGGCCGACUUAGGAUUGCGUCACGAGGCGCUUCUCCUCAACAUCGGUAAUAACAACAAUCUCAUCUCACCCUCCGCAUUCGUGUCAGUACCCGAGCUGUUGCAGCUCGCUAAUGUGUACGCUCGUUUCAGAAUUGCCGUGCCCCGUGUCCGCAAUGUUCUAACGGAAAAUUGGAGACGAGUUGUGACCUCCUUUCCAAAGCUAACGCGCAUAGGGAAAAAGCAAGACCAGCACAAGAAUGACAAUCAUCAUCAUGAUGCGUUCGACGAGUCAUCCACUUGGAAGGGGGGAGAAGAUGACGACUUCUCUCUCGUCGUUGAGGAUCCGGCUGAAUCUGAAAGGUGUCUGCAAACAGCGUCUAAAAGCUUAGAAACUCUGGCGGCUGCGGAUGACACAGGAGAUGGACAUGAAAGACUACCUCCAGGCUCGUAUGACACGACGUCCUCGUCUACCUCAGCUGCGAGACAGUUGGCAGAGUUUGUUGUUUCAACGCACGAGCUGGAUCUCGCUGUUUUCUCGACGGUAGCACAAGAGAGCCGCUCAAGGGUACCACUUCGAGCACUAUCGCCAGAUCUUCUCUGGCGCUUUCUGGUUGCCUUGGCGGAGGCGUCGGACGGGCCAAGAACGUGCUCCUCGGGACGCGGAAAUCUUGACUCUUUAAGUAGUACCGGUGUUGUUUCGUUUCCGCAGGAAGACAUGCUUAUAUCGUGGGCGAACUUGAAGAAAAAGGCGGGGAGUAAUUCCUUUCAUGUGACGGUAUUUGCUCCGCACUAUGCUCCCCAUUUGAUUCGUAUCGUAGGCCUGUGGGCGAUGAACGGACACCGAGACAUGCAGCAACUUCGCCCUCUUCUCAUGUUGGCUGAAGAUAUGCUUUCGAAAUGGUCGACGCAAAAUUUUGCAUCAGGCGUUUCUUCGGGAGAAGAUGCAAGACCUGAGGAGGCAAUCAGUAUUGAACACGAAGCAGCCGAUAGUGAAGAGGUAAGACCAAGAGAUGCUGGAGUAGGCGUUUCUCUUUCACGUGUGGCAGAGCUUUGUCAUGUGGCAAAAGGCAUACGCUCACUGCCACCCUCUGAAGCUGGGCCUCUGCGAAAUCAAGUUGCACCUCUCUUGGAAAACACACUCAAAUCGUCAGACGUUACGAAUGUCGGGGACGAGGACGACGGCUCUUCCUUUAUUUAUUGGGAGAGCCUUGCACUCUCAGGAUUGAUAAUGGAUCUUGAUAUGGUGGAAAGCAGUUGCUUGGAAAUCGCGUCUAAGUCACGCAACAAGAAAUUGAGACGUCUCGCAGGCCUCGACGUGGGUGCUCUUGGAAUUGACCUUCAGCCCGAGGAGUUCCCGAGUGAGGACAUCAACUACGCGGCCUACUGGCGUAAACUUGGGGCCCCACGAGGUGGACUUCCUUUGUUAGCAAAUGGCGCACUAGAAAGUGAAAGGAAAUUUUCGCCGGUUUUACCUCAGUUGCUUCCAAGAUAUGUGGUACUUGAAGCUGGUGACACCGAUUGUAUCAACCUGACUAAAAUAAACUAUGAUGGACAGGUUGAGUCCUCGCAUAGAACGCGUUAUCUUCUCGAAGAUCCACGCGAGCAUAAAAUCUAUAAUGAAUUAAGUUUUGAGACUCUGGCCAUCUGCAAGCGCUACCGGAUUGAGCGCCACUUGCAGCGCCGAGACUUGUGGAGGCGGAAUUCCAGGGCGAAUAGCGGCGCUGUUUGCCGGUUGUAA